ACGUUGUUGUUUAUCACAGUAAAUUAAACAGAAUCUGUGUCGUGCUCCGUUUUCUACUCUGCAUUACUUUCGGUUUCUUUCUUAUGAUGUUUUUCUGUUGUUUAACUGCCUUUUAAAAGUUUAAUAUUAUGGAUUAAAUGUCAUUCACGGGUGAAGGGAGCAGUUUUGAGACAGUCAACGUGUUGGGUUUUUUUUUCUUUAGAUUAUUCUUGAUGUUUAAUCAGUUUGGAAACGAGACGGCGUCAAAUUGUAACUGCGCAAAAACAAAAUUACAAAAAAAAGAAAAGUAAACCACCAACAACAGGAAGAAGGAGCCUGUGGCCCAGCAUGGAGAGCCCGGCAGAGGCAGCGGCGGCUGACGCCUCAGCACGCACCUUCUCCCAGGUGGUCUUCAUCGACAUCCCUCACUCAUAUCCGCCUUCAAUCCCCAUCACCUGCCGCUACACCCUCACUGCAGCCUACCAGCCCCACUCCAGGGACUGGGUGGGCAUUUUUAAGGUGGGGUGGAGCACAGCAAAGGAUUAUCAUACCUUUGUGUGGGUGGAGCCAUGUCUGGAUGUGGUAGGAGAACAGCCAGUGACCGGACAAGUUGUUUUCAAGGAUUACUACCUGCCGAAGGACGACAUCGAGUUCUACCAGUUCUGCUACAUCGACAGCACCGGCCAAGUGCGAGGAGCCAGCACUCCCUUCUGCUUCAAAAACCUGGAGGAGCAAAGCAUGGAGAGCAACCCAGAUGAUGAUCUCCUGGUUAUUACAACACAGGAACAGGUCGAACAGAGCGUACGUGAGAAAGCUGAACUGCAGAAGGCAAUGGAUCAGAUAAAGGAGGAAAAUGAAACCUUGAAAAGAGCUUUGCAGAAGGAGCAACGAGAAGCUGCCACCUUAAUGGAGCAGAACGAACAGAACGAGCAAGAAAAGAGUCAGCUGGUCAGAGAACUGGAUCAAAUCAAGGAGCAAAAUGGAAACUUAAAAAGCACCUUACAGCACAACCUUGAAGAAAUUAACCACUUAAAGGAGGAGCUGCUGGCCCAGAAGACGAUGCAGAUGGAGCUACAGCGGCAGAGUUCUGUUGAGGACAGGAAACGCAGUCAGAGCUUGUGUUCUGACGGAGAAUCAAUUCAAAAUGAGACACACGCUCAGGAGAAAUACGAUCGAGCUCUGAUGAAGAUCGGCCAGCUGAAAGAGGAGCGCAAGGACCUGAAGGCCACGAUUGAUGCUCAGAAUGAGGAGAUUGCCAAAUUUAACUGCAAACUCAGAGACGGAGAACGGGAACUGUUCAAAGCAAAGGACAGCGUCCACCUUCUACAGUUUGAUCUUCAGACCAGUGAGAAGGAGAAGGAGAGGCUUUCUGCAGAGCUGCAAAGGCUGAAAAGCAUCGCACACAACAUGGACGAUGUGAAGAGAGAGAACCAGGAGUUGUGUAGGAGGCUGUCGCAGCAGGAGACAUCGCAGGACUUUUCAGAUGAAGAUCUAAAGGUGCAGUGUAAGUCUCUUGUCAGCAAGCUGCAGGAAACCCAGACGAAGCUGGUGGCGGAGAGGGAGGAGCUGAGGGGCGUCAACAGACGAGCUGAGUUCCUGGAGAGAGAGGUCAUGCAGAUGAAGGGGCAAGUGGAGAAGCUGAAUAAAUCAUGUGACCAGGAAGAACGGAGAGCAGGGAAAUAUGAGCUACAGUUCAGAGAGGCACUUGAAGUGAGCGCAGAGAAAGACGGCGUCAUCGAGGAGCAGGAACACCUGAUGAGGCUCAUGAAACAUGAGAACGAAGAGCUCACCAGAGAAAACCAGAGUCUCAGGAGUGAUAUCGAGGGCCUGCGCAGAGCCUUGUCUGAGGUCCACACAGCUUCCCCUGCCGACCCCCCACCAAUGCACCCUGACCCCCCCGUGCCAGCUGGAGACACCUCAGCACCUGAAGAGGCUGAGAACCUGUAUGAGACCAUAGGAGGCAUUGCAGAAGCAGAGCAGUCGUUGAUGUGCCCCCUCUGCAAUGAGAGCUUCCCCGGGAUAACCCCGAACGAACUGGAGCAGCACAAGGAGAGUCACCGAGUGUGUCCCUUCUGUACGCUGAUCUGUGACAACAUGGAGCAGUCCGUGUUCGAAGAUCACGUCUACGGCCACGAGCUGUGAGAUCUGCUCCGGCCCGAAGGUGUGGUCGGAUAUGAUAUUACAAGUCCUAUGAGUUCUGUGUAGGAACUAAGUGAUAUCACCCAGGUGUCUGAGGCUAAAGCUGGAAGUACAGCAGAUUUCUUACAGUGUCUGUGCUACAGAUGUGGCACAGACACUGUAAGAAGUCUGCGAGGAGUUUGAGAGUUGUAGGCAUCUAUCAGCCACAGGAGGUCUUUAAAAAAAAUGGCGGAGGGGUAUUAUUUAUGGAGCUUGGCCCAUGUUCAGGAUAUGCUGCUUUAACUUUAGCAAUUCCUUUUUAAUUCUAACCUGCCAUUCUAAAUUCACUGUUUACUAAAGCAUGUCACUCUACGUAUCUGAAACAUGACUUAUAUAAGCCAUCGCACUGAACAUCAUGUCCGCAUUUGUUUUGGCCAAAUGUUUUUUGCAGUGGAUCAUCUGGGAAUGGUUGGAAAUGUUUUGAUAAUUGUGCCAAUACAAUACGAAAAAACAUGCUCAAUGUUCGGCACCAAACUUUCAGAUCUCUUAAAGCUGCUUUUACUAUCGCACUGAACUUAAUGAUCCUGUUUAGCUGCUGCCUGAAGGACAGGAAAACAAAAGAAAACCUAAAAAAACCAAACAUAGUGAGCAGUGAGGUUUACAUGAUUAGUAGUGAAUGGGCAAUGCAAUGCAGUAAAUGCUUAGAAUAAUGGCGUGGUCCAUUACGCAGCUGAAGUUAUAUUUUAAAAUAAAGCACACCACAUGAUGUAUUAGCCAGUUAUUCAUUUACAGUAUAAUUUUGCAUUUAUCUCUGAGGAAAUUCUUAUCUACUCUGAUCAGAUCUGACUUGAGUAUUGUGACCGAAUGAAUUGUUGAUGUUGUUGAAGAGACUGAGCGAAACGAAUUUGUGUCAAUGACCAGAUCAACUAUUUAACCGAAACUGCAUUUAAAUGGUUCUGCUGAUGUAAUAAAAAUUAAGUUCAA